GCCCGCCGUCGCAAAAUGGCGGCGGGGCAGCGAGAGCCCGCCCGCCCCCCCCGCCCGGUGGAACAUGGCGCCUCCCCGUCCUUCGCAGGGCGGAAGUGACGCGCCAGCCGCGCGACCCGGCAGGCGGUUGCGAGAUGGCGGCACCCGGGGCCGCCGUUACGGUCACCGUCACUUACAGCAAUGAAAAACACAGUAUUCAGGUUGCUUCUCCACAGGAAGAUAGUGAACCUACACUACAAGACAUGGCUCUACUUAUUGAACAAGUCACUGGUGUUCCAGUUCCAUUUCAGAAACUUAUAUACAAAGGAAAGUCUCUGAAAGAAUUGGAACAACCGUUGUCAGCACUUGGUGUUAAAAACGGUUGCAAAGUCAUGUUGAUUGGAAAAAGGAAUAGUCCAGAAGAAGAGGCUGAAUUAAAGAAGUUAAAAGAUCUGGAGAAGUCAGUGGAGCAAAUAGCUAAUAAGUUAGAGGAAGUUAAUAAAGAGUUCACAAGUAUCCAGAAGGGAUUUUUGGCAAAGGAUCUGCAAGCAGAAGCUCUAAAACAGCUUGACAAGAGGAUAAAAGGAACUGCAGAGCAGUUCAUGAAGAUCCUGGAACAGGUUGAUGCCAUUCUCUUGCCCCUGUACGUCUCCAAAAGUCUACUUGGCAACAUCUAUUUCUAAAUGGUGACAUUAAUGCCUGUGUAUGCAUCCCCAUUCUACAGAAGAGCUUCAUUUGGGGCAGCAGCUUGCUAGGACUACAUGAAAUUGGGUAUCCUUUACUUAAGUUUUACCCUUUUAGUUUGUCUUGGCAAACUUUAACAUUAAACUUCAUGGUUACAGUAGAGAUCUGAAAAAAAAAACAACCCCCUCAAACAUAUUGCUUGCUAUGUUACAUAAGGACAAGGAGGUUGUGAAUGCUGAAUAAUUUUCUGGUCAGUUGUAUAUGGACUGACAGUACUUUUGUUCAAGGUGCCUGCAUAUUGAGGACUAAAUUCUUUCUUUGGAGUGUGUAUCCAAGGUGUAUCCAAGUGCUUCACAGUCAUUAAUGGAUCAUAACCUUACAGCAUCUUCCCAGAGUACAAUGUGCGUCUUCCUGCAUCAUGCAGGAACUGAAAGCUAGAGGAGAAUGAGGAAUUUGUGCAGAGAUAUGGAAGAUGGUGGCAACUGGGGUAUUUUGUUAUUCUGUUUUUGUGCUUGCUGGGUCAUUGUCUGCAACUUCAUUCUAUCAUUCUUUUGCAUAUCACAAUCAUAAUCUUCCAAUCUAAAGAAAAAAAUGCUACUUUUCUGUAGUAGUAAUGCCUUUGCAGUGACACUUUAUGGGUUUAUAUCAGAAAGAUUCCAUGCAAACGCCUAUAGUUGGUGAACCAAAUGAAUUUGAAUGGACAGACAUUUUGAAAAAUCUCAGCAGCAAACCACAGAGUAAUAAUUAGAAUUUCCUGUCUGCAGGUGCUAUACAACAUGGACUUUCCUAGGAUUUUUGCAGAGCUCAUCAACUUAAUUUCUUCUUUCAUAUGGUUCCUUUUGAAUGGUUGUUUUAGUUAACAGUUCUUAAAUAGUUUUUUUUAUUUUAAUUAUAAUAUACUAAGUAUUUUAAAGUCUUAUUUCCAUUUCCUUUUCUGCCUCAUAUAAAGGAAAAUACGUUGCUGUUAAACGUAGACUUCAUAUAACUGGUUCCCUGUUUGAAGUAGCAGAUUUACUAUGUGUUGUCAUUAAAAUAGCAAUAAUCUGACAUCUCUUUCAUGUGGAUGGGAUUAGCGCAUAUUCCUGAGCCCUUCAAUUUUUGGUACUACAUCCUAUUUAGAAGAAAGUCAGUACUUGGUUUAUAGUUCUGGAACGAUGCAGACAGCCUUGAAAAACCCUCUUCACUGCUUCCUAGUUAAUUCAAACUAAAUUUCCUCUGUUAACUUUUGAUUCUCAUACUUUUUCCUUGGCUUAAAUAAAAAGUGUGCUAUUAUCUGUCAUCUUAUCCAGAAUACUCUAGAUAAUACCAGACAAGGCAUUUCCAGGUUUAGUACAAGAUUUUAGAAGUCUUACAAACAUCUCUAGGUUUAGGAAUUAGUGGAGUCCCUGUUCCUCAGUAUUGUGUCGUGGAAGUACAACACCCAGAGCUAAAACUAAUUAUGACUGGUAGCUUUUCAUAUUUGUAAUAGUUGUUUGUUACUUCCAGUGAAGAACGUAUAAGACCGUAUGGCAUUGAUAAGCAUCAUAUUUUUGAAGCAAGAAAUACGAGUGUUUUCACACCAGUGAAUGAAGCUAUGUUAUACAUACCAAACUCUGUAUUUAUUUGCGUUAACAUACAAAUAAGGCUGUGUUUUUUGUCAUGAAAACUGAACUUCUGAGAAACUUCUGUGAAAUCUUGCAGAUAAGUGUAGUUCAACGUAACCUUUCCAUAAAAUGCAGCCAUUCAGUGUGCUGAUACUACAGCACAUCAGGCCACCAACUUUAUGAAGUAGUACUUAGCUUUACUGUAGUUGUGCAGCAUGCAGAGGUAGCAGCACAAAAUGGUGAUGAGAUAUGCGUAUGGAUAGUAAAUGGGCUCCACUGAGGGGAAGGGGCACAGUUAAAAAUGAUAAACAGAAAUUCAAAGCAGAAGAGUGUCAAACUUCCAUUAAGUAGUUUAUCUGUAUCUCAGAAUUGUUUUAUACAGUAUUUAAUACUCCAUUUGUUAGCCAAGUAAAAAGCAAUUUCUGGCAAAUUUCUUGAAUGUUAUUGAUUAUAUAGAUGUGCUGGUGAUUCAAUAAACAGCAUUUAAAACAAAACAACAACAAGAAA